AAUUGGGCCCGCGAGAACGCGGGCGAGGGCGGGACAGGGCCAGCACGCACGAGAGAACGGUUUCCGGCCUCGCGCGCCCCCAUUUUUUCCUCCUUCCUACCCCCCCCCCGCCUUCUCGUCGGCUCGCCUGAGGGAUCCCGGCCCUCCCGCGCAGGCGAAGGAUGCAGGGCAACAAGGGCUUCGCGAUGGAGAAGCAGAAUCACACCCCGCGGAAGCAGCAGCAGCAGCACCACCAGCCGCACCAGCCGCAGGCCGCCCCCGCGAACGGGCAGCAGGUCAACAGCCAGAAUGAAGGCCUGACAAUUGACCUGAAGAAUUUCCGAAAACCUGGGGAAAAGACCUUCACCCAAAGGAGUCGCCUCUUUGUGGGCAACCUGCCCCCUGAUAUCACCGAGGAGGAGAUGAGGAAGAUGUUUGAGAAAUACGGGAAAGCUGGCGAAGUGUUCAUUCACAAGGACAAAGGCUUUGGCUUCAUCAGGCUGGAAACUCGGACCUUGGCUGAGAUUGCAAAGGUAGAGCUGGACAACAUGCCUCUUCGUGGUAAGCAGCUGCGUGUGCGCUUUGCUUGCCACAGCGCGUCGCUGACUGUCAGGAACCUGCCACAGUUUGUGUCUAAUGAGCUCCUGGAAGAGGCUUUUUCCAUGUUUGGCCAAGUCGAGAGAGCUGUGGUCAUUGUGGACGACAGAGGCCGGCCGUCUGGAAAAGGCAUUGUGGAAUUCUCGGGAAAACCGGCUGCCAGAAAAGCCCUGGACAGAUGUAGCGAGGGGUCCUUCUUGUUGACUACGUUCCCUCGGCCUGUGACGGUGGAGCCCAUGGACCAGUAUGAUGAUGAGGAGGGGUUGCCAGAAAAGCUGGUCAUCAAAAACCAGCAAUAUCACAAGGAACGUGAGCAGCCUCCCCGCUUUGCACAGCCCGGCUCCUUCGAGUACGAGUACGCCAUGCGCUGGAAGGCCCUAAUCGAGAUGGAGAAGCAGCAGCAGGAGCAAGUGGACCGCAAUAUUAAGGAGGCCCGGGAGAAGCUGGAGAUGGAGAUGGAGGCAGCUCGUCACGAGCACCAGGUUAUGCUGAUGCGGCAAGAUUUAAUGAGGCGCCAGGAAGAGCUCAGGCGCAUGGAGGAACUGCACAAUCAGGAGGUGCAGAAGCGGAAACAGCUGGAACUCAGGCAAGAAGAGGAACGCCGGCGCCGGGAGGAAGAGAUGAGGCGACAGCAGGAAGAGAUGAUGAGGCGACAGCAGGAGGGAUUUAAGGGAGCCUUCCCUGAUGCGAGAGAACCUCCUGACAUGCGAAUGGGGCAGAUGGGGAUGGGAGGUGCAAUAGGUAUGAAUAACAGGGGGACCAUGGGCACCAAUGUCCCUGCGGGCCCUCCGCCUGCGACUGGACCUGGACCAAUGAUCCCUGAUGGAGCCAUGGGAAUGACCCCUCCACCACCAACCGAUCGCUUCGGACAGAGCAGUGCCAUGGAAGGACUGGGAACCAUGGGAGGGAGCACACCAGGAUUCAACCGGGGCGCUCCCGGAGGAGAUUUUGGCCCUAACAAGCGUCGCCGAUACUAACGGGAAAGGGUCCGGUGCCUGGCUGUCCUGUCAAGAAGACCCCUUGGCUCUUCUUGAAACCCAGGAGUUUGGCCAAGGCCAGAGGCGUCUGGUCAUAUUUGUAAACGGUGUAGCUGACACCACAAGGGGUGCAUUCCUGCAAGCACGCAAUGUGAAAGUGGAUCCCGGGAGGCUUCAGUAGCUGUGUAGUGUGUGAGGCCGAGCUAGGACCCCAACCCCUUUUCUUCCCAUCCCCAAGCCCCUCACCAUGGGCUGCAGCUGGCAGCUGGGUCAGCUCUCCCCCCGUCCUCUGAGGGCUGUUCUUCAGAGCACUGGGGUAAGGCCUGUGGUUCCGUGCGGGGCCAUAGCUACAAGUGGCAUAUCAUGGAGGGGGAGGGGAGGGGGAAUAGUUUUUUUUAAAACUUGUAGCUUUUUACUUUUUCCUCUGGACCAUUUUUUCUUUACUAUAGUUCUCUGGGGCAGCCGAGAGGGCUAGAUAGUGGUGGUGGUGGUUUUGGGAUGAAUUAUUCAGUGUUGUACCAUUCUUUAUUUUUUACUGGUAGAGAAGUACAAUCUAUUGGACAACUUAAAACACAAGUUUCCUGUUUAAAAAAAACUCAGCUGAAGCAAUUGUUUGUAUAACCCUAACUUUACCUGUCUUGUGUAGAAGUAAAUGUGUGAACCUGAGCUGUAAUCGUCGACUAACAGGUUGAGUUUGUCUGAAGAUUGUUAUAGGAAUGCAUUAUUAAAAGGGAUUUUAAGACUUUUUCA